AAAAGGCAUGCUCAGAAUGACUAUGAUUGAUCCCUUAACUAGUCUGAAUAAGCAAGUUUUUAUUUUAUGAAGUAGAAUAAACAAGACUGAUUAAGGAUGUGUCUCACUCUCGCUGUCUCACCCCCUCCAUAUGGAUAUCUUCUGCACUGCCACUGCACCUGGAGGCUAAAAGCUCCUGUAAAAAUACAUCAUGCCAUCUCUUCACACCUUGCCAUCAUUCUGCUCCCCUUUCGCUUGCCACUACAAGAAUUGAAGUAGAAGCAAAGCCUCACGGACCCGUACCUCUGUUUGCUUACGGCUACGCCCUCUAUAUAAGCGCAAAGAAUUCAAGCUCGAUCACACUCGGGCCAGCGUGCGAACUUAUGUGACCAGCAACAAGAUCAAGCUCCAGCUCGAUCAACCGAAGGUGCAAUUCGAGCCAUGGCUAAAAAGAUCACCGCAAUGGCGGCGCCGUUGGCGGUGGCGGUGAUCGCUCUUGUGCUUCUACCCGUCGGCGGCCGCGGCGAGGAGAAGGAGAGGCCGACCGCGGCGCACCCGCACGGUCUCCCCUUCGAGAGCCCGCUCGCUCUGUCGCCGGCUGCCUACGACUUCUUCCACCCCAGCAGCGCGCGCACCCGUCGAGCAGCUCGUCACGGCGUCGCGCCGGCGCCGGCGCUCGCGCCUCGCGGACAGCAGCAGCUGAGGGAGUCCGCGGUCAGAGGAACAUCGUCGGCGGGCGUAGCGAAGGCCGACCAGGAAGAAGGGGCGGCCGUGGCGCCCGUGGAGACGCACAAGCACCACAACCACACGGUGACAGGCGUGUUCGUCGGCGCUGCAGCAGCCGCGCUGGUGGCUGUCGGCGUGGCGUACGCCGUUGUGCGGCGCCGGGUCGUGGCGGCGCACGGUGGCGCGGCCGCGGGCGCGGGCGCGCCCAAGUCGACCGCGUAGUUUAGUUGCUUCAGGGCCCGCGGACUGGUUUGCUACGUGUGAGUGUGGGUGUGUGUGGUAGCUUUAGGUGGGCCCAGAUAGUUGGGCCGGGCUGUUUGUAUAAAUAUGGAAUGCAAGGUGCUGUUUGAAGUUGAAGCCUCCUUGCCUGUGCGAACUGCGGAAAUGGCAUUUGUUGAGACUGCGAAAUUAGCUGCUGUUCAUACUGCAGUUUAGCCAUCACAUUUUCAAUACAUCGUACAAACAACCAGUGUAAAUUAAUGUACAAUGUAUUUUUAUACUUUAGAUUUCGUGCCCGUAAUCGAGUCACUUCUCUCGUCUCGUGGCUCCUAGGUUCAGAACCAUGAGCAGCAGCGGCACCGUUUACCUUCCUCGAGCUUAGAGUCCAUCAUGUUGCACAGACCAACACACACCCACCGUCCAGGCUAGAAUCGCUUCUGGUCUCUCCCAAUGCACAGGCCAACGUACCUCACACUGGCCUUUCUCUUCAUUCUCUUUUUCAAUACUCCCUGUCUCUCUAAAAGAAUCAAUUCCUGGAGUUGUCUAAGUCAAACUUUUAAACUUUAAUUGAAUUUCUAAAAAAACAUGCUAAGAUUUAUGGUGUGAAAUUAGCACCAUUAGAUUUUUCAUAGAAUACAGCUGCUUCGGGUGAUGCAACUGAAUCAUGAAUAAAACUGAGUUGGCGAUUGAGAUUAUAUAUAUAUAGGUAUCAUCAAUGGCAACCCGAAACCUGAGUCAGAGAUGGAACGAUGGAAGACCAGAAGUGACACUGAGGGUGAUGGGGGAUGGAUAGGUAACUGACCAUUAGAGAAUGGUCAUAGUUUCCAUUGGAGUGUUGCAAAGUCAGCAGAGAACAUACAUUCUUUAUUACCAAUACAUAUAUCUAAAAUAGUUAGGAGAAUCCUGCCUUUCACAGAGCUAGAACAUUGGGCUUGAAGUAACAUCCAACUGUUCAGCGAAGCGUGCGGUAGAAUCAGCUCAGUUCGAGAUAAAUCGGUCAUUGCGGGUCUCUUUUCUUUAAAAAAAACAAAA